UCUUCACACUUUGUAGAUCGAUUCAAUUAAGCUAUUGCCGAACGGUUCUUCUGAGAAUUCAACAAUGGCUCGACGAAACUACAUGACGGAGAUAGGUUCCAUCGCAUGCGAUGAUCUAACUGAAUUGGGUUCUGGCAAGGAAGGUUGGCUCAUUGACAACCCUAAUCUCAUCGUUGCUCUUGACACCAAUUCUAUCGCCCUAUCCGUUCGUUACCACAUCCUCGUCCUUGGAUUCUCCAAUGGAGCAGAUCCAUCGAAGCCUCUGGCUAAGAUCCAGCCUGAUCUGAAUGCGAUUGAGGCGGAGUAUAUAUCUGCAAUCGAAUGGCUAGUUUUCGGAGAUGAUAGGGCACUUGCUAUUGGGACCUCAUGUGGGUAUCUUAUGAUUUUCUCUCUCCGUGGAGAUCUAAUCCACAAACAGCUGGUAUAUCCUGGACGAAUUCUCAAGUUGAGAGUUCGUGGCACCAAGAGAGACAUGAAUGAAGAGGUGUCUUCAGAAGUCUGCGUGGUGAUUCCCGGAAUUAUUGGUCGUUUUGAUGGGUCUGUUGUUCAAAGCAUGUUGCAAAGCUGGCUUGAAGAAAAACAAAGGCAGACAUGGGAUCAAAAGGCUCCUCCUGAUGAAUCUGGAAAUGGUUAUGCUAAGUUACCUUAUCAGUUGUGGAAUGUUAACAAAUAUGGAUCUUGUGCUGAUGCUGCAAUAACUGGCAUAAUGCCCCCUCCACUGAUGGAACUGCAGUCAAGUCAACAUUAUUAUUCUGCUGUCACUGUUGGAAAUGAUGCCGUUAUUUCAGCUUUUAGACUUUCUGAGGACAGAAGCAGAUCCUUGGUUGGAGCUAUUUUAUCUAAAGUUGUUCCUGCAACAUUUUCGACAAUAGCAACUUUUUCCAAAAUGAUAUGGAGAAGCGAGCCGUCACCACCAACAAAGAAGCCAGAGGAGAAGCCUCAAUCAUUUGCUCGAGCUUCUCCUCUUACAUGUUUGAAGGAUAGCCCUAGAAAGGGAGAGAAGCUGACACUAUCACCUGGUGGUACAUUGGCAGCAAUAACAGAUUCUCUUGGCCGUAUAUUACUUCUGGACACAAAAGCCCUAGUUGUUGUUCGAUUAUGGAAGGGAUAUCGUGAUGCUAGUUGCUUCUUUAUGGAAAUGCUUGUUAAAGGAGAUUCUGCAGCUUCUACAUCUGCAUAUGUUAAUCAUGUUAAGAAUGAUUAUUACCUAUGCCUAGCCAUUCAUGCUCCUAAAAAAGAGAUUAUUGAGAUUUGGCAGAUGAGAACAGGGCCACGACUCCUCACCAUUCCUUGCCCUAAAGGGAGCAAAAUACUGCAGCCUACUUAUAGAUUUGGAUCAUCAUCAAUGUCGACUUCAUCUUACGCACCUUUGGAAGUUUUCUUACUGAAUGGUGAUUCUGGGCAAUUGUCGGUACUAAAUCGAUCUUUCAGUUGACUUGGAUUUUCUUUGACUCCUUUUGCCAAAGUUAGUUAUCAUUAUCACAAAUAUUGGCCAAACACAGGUUUGAGUUUUUUCUCUCUUUAUAUAUACUUUGCUUGUAUGAAGCUGUUAAUUUUUCUGGGUGAUGGACUAAAGAUGAAGACAUUAUAUAGAUAGAGGUGUUUGAUGUACAUUUCAUUAUAUGAAUGAUAUUAUAUUAUUCAUUUUUUUUCU